AUGAGAGGCACAACAAUUGUACUGAGCCUUGCCAUUUUGGCCAGUUUCCAUGUGAGGAACAGCGAGGCGGUCGCCUGCACAUCUUUUGAUCCCAAUUUGCCAGCUGGAUGCACCGACUGUGACGCAGCCGGCAAUGAAAACCAUGUGGAUUGUGUAUCAACAACAACGACAACAACGGUGGCUACAACAACCGGAACUGGAACAACCGGAACCGGAACAACCGGCACUGGAACAACCGGAACUGGAACAACCGGAACGGGAACUGGUGGAAGAACUGUGCGCGUUAGUAAUCUGAGGUACACAAAUGUGCGUCGGGUUCGCGCUAAUCGCAAUGGAAACACCUCAGGCAACAGCACUGGACGUCGCAAUGUGAGACGUGGAAACGCGAGCCGUGGAAACGCGAGUCGUGGAAACGUGCGACGUGGAAAUGUGCGACGUGGAAACGUGCGUCGUGGAAACGUGCGUCGUGGAAACGUGCGACGUGGAAACAAGAAUCGCCGCAGUGGAGCCAACGUACGCGUUGUCAGGGGAUAA